GCCCGGAACCUUUCCUCGAGGCCCUCCCAUGCCGGAAGUAGGGCGGGGUUUUUCCAACGUCGGCGCCCCGGCGGCGGAAGGGGCUGUUUGGGGCGGCUUUAAGGUGGCUUUAAAUUCCAGCCGGCUCGGGUCGGCUGUCCCUUCUGGCUGCAGUGCGUCUCGUGCUGCCCGAAUGGCUGUGGACGUUAAGUCUCGAGCGAAGCGCUAUGAGAAGCUGGAUUUCCUCGGGGAAGGCCAGUUCGCCACGGUUUACAAGGCCAGAGACAAGAACACCAACCAGAUUGUCGCCAUUAAGAAGAUCAAGCUUGGUCACAGAUCAGAAGCCAAGGACGGUAUAAACAGGACAGCCUUGAGAGAGAUCAAAUUAUUGCAAGAGCUGAGUCAUCCAAAUAUAAUUGGUCUCCUUGAUGCCUUUGGACAUAAAUCCAACAUUAGCCUUGUCUUUGAUUUUAUGGAAACUGACCUAGAGGUUAUAAUAAAGGACAACAGCCUUGUGCUGACGCCAGCGCAUAUUAAAGCCUACAUGCUAAUGACUCUUCAAGGCUUGGAAUACUUACAUCAGCACUGGAUUCUGCAUAGGGAUCUGAAACCAAACAACUUGUUGCUAGAUGAAAAUGGCGUUCUAAAACUGGCAGAUUUUGGCCUGGCCAAAUCAUUUGGGAGCCCCAACAGAGCGUAUACGCACCAGGUGGUGACGAGGUGGUAUCGGGCCCCCGAGUUACUGUUCGGAGCCAGGAUGUACGGCGUGGGUGUGGACAUGUGGGCUGUGGGCUGUAUAUUAGCCGAGUUACUUCUUAGGGUUCCCUUCUUGCCGGGAGACUCAGACCUCGAUCAGCUAACCAGAAUAUUUGAAACUCUGGGCACGCCAACCGAGGAGCAGUGGCCUGACAUGUGCAGUCUCCCUGAUUAUGUGACAUUUAAAAGCUUCCCUGCAAUCCCGUUACAACACAUCUUCAGUGCUGCAGGAGAUGACCUGCUGGAGCUCAUACAGGGUUUAUUCUUAUUUAAUCCGUGCACUCGAAUUACAGCCACACAGGCAUUGAAAACCAAGUAUUUCAGUAAUCGCCCAGCGCCAACACCCGGAUGUCAGCUGCCAAGACCCAACUGCCCAGCAGAAGCCUUGAAGGAGCAGUCCAACCCAGCCAUGGCGACCAAGCGGAAACGGACAGAGGCCCUGGAGCAAGGAGUGCUGCCCAAGAAGCUGAUUUUCUAGUUACCCAGAUCAU